AUGCCACAAAUUGGCUGGUAUGGCCUCGGGUCCAUGGGCCUAGCGAUGGCCUCCAAUCUACAAAGGCACCUAGCAACCAAGAAAGCGCUGGGUUUACUCUACUCCAACCGCACGAUGUCGCGCGGAGCUCCGCUGCAAGCACUGGGAGGAAUCCCAGAAACCAAUUUCUCAAAACUAGUCUCCAACUGCGGAAUCAUCUUCACGAUGGUCUCAAACGACUCAGUCCUACAAAGCCUCCUAUCCCAAGCCACAAGCUCAGGCCACUCCCUAAAGGACAAGAUCUUCGUCGAUUGCUCAACAGUGCACCCAGAAACCGUGAGCACAGCCGUAUCAGACCUCAAAGCCAAGAGCGCAUCGUACGUAGCAGCGCCCGUCUUCGGUGGGAAUCCUAUUGCCGUAGACGGCAAGCUGGUCUUUGCAAUUGGCGGUCCUCGUCAUGCAACAGAGGUAGUUAGGCCUUUGAUCCAGGAUGUGAUGGGUCGCCGGGUGAUUGACUGCGGCGAAGACGCGACCAAGUCCUCGCUUCUCAAGAUUGCCGGUAAUAUCGUUACGGUUAAUAUGAUGGAGGCUGUUGGCGAGGCGCAGGUUUUUGCUGAGAAGACUGGGCUGGGGACUGGGCCUAUGGAGGAGCUUAUUGGGGAGGCAUUUGGGCCUGUUGCUGGGGGUUAUUCUAAGAGGUUGACUACUGGUGCUUAUGCGCCGUCUUUGGACUCUCGUCCUGGGUUUGGUGUCUCGCUCGCUAUCAAGGAUGCUAGACAUGCUAUGGCAAUGGCUGAGGAGCGGGGCGUUCAGCUUCCUGGUCUUGAGCUUGCUCGUGCUAAUAUGGAGGCUGCUAGGGAAUAUGGUGGUGAGUGUCUUGAUAGCAGUGCCAUGUAUGGAACAUUGCGACAGAAGGCUGGGUUGGAGUUCUGGAAUGAGAAGAGUAGGAAAGAAUAG